GCUGCGCCGAGACUCCGGCGGCAUGGCCGCGAGGUCUCCAAGCCCGCCCGCCGUCAGAGCCACCACCUCUAAGCAGUUCCUCGCGCUCGCCGGCUACAUCUUGGGGCGCGAGAUCGGCCAAGGAACCUACUCAAAAGUCAGGAUUGGCGUCAAGGGCGACCAGCGCUAUGCGGUCAAAAUCAUUCCCCGGCAUCUGGCACCACGCGAGUACGUGUGCCACUUCCUCCCUCGCGAGCUGGCCAUCAUCCCCAAGCUGAAGCACCCGAACAUCGUCCACGUCUACGACGUGCUGGAGAUCAAGCGCAAGGUAUUCAUCGUCAUGGAGCUGGCCACCCAGGGCGACCUGCUUCUCAAGAUCACCAACGACGGCCGCUUUUCCGAGAGCAAGGCGUUCCAUUACUUCGAGCAGAUCUGCGACGCGGUCGCCUACCUGCACAAGAAGAACAUCGUGCACCGGGACCUUAAGUGCGAGAACGUCCUGCUCAGCCCUAAGCGACAAGUCAAGCUGGCAGACUUCUCAUUCGCCCGAUACACCCACAAUGCGCACAACCGCAAGGUUCUGAGUCAGACGUUCUGCGGCAGCGCGGCGUAUGCGGCGCCCGAGGUGAUCCAAAACAUACCGUACCGGCCCAAGCGCUACGACUCGUGGAGCCUCGGGGUCAUCCUGUACAUCAUGGUGUGCGGCCAGCUGCCCUUCGACGACACCAACCCGUUCCAGCAGGUGCGCGCUCAGAUGAGCCGUCAGAUCAGCUUCCCGGCCUCGUACCGUCUCACCAAGAUGGUCCGCAACCUCAUCAGGCACCUGCUCGAGCCGUACGUGCUGUACCGCUGCUCGGUGCCCCGCGCCAUGAAGCACCCAUGGAUGCGCAAGGAGAGGAUCAAACGAAAACUCAAGUACAUGAAGGACAGCAAAUUGAGCGAGCUCGAGGGCAAGGACAGCGACGCGAGCAGCGCCGGUCUGCGGGAUGCGCAGUCCGAUCUGAGUAUGAUGCCGUCCGCAUCACCAGUGCCUGGAGCGUUUGGGCCGCGCUCAAUGUCAGCGACGGCGUCGCCGCAAUACUGGCAGCAGGACGACUUCGGCGGCGGCGGGCGCAGUCCCGGGCUCAGGCGCAACUCCGGCUGGGGCCGCUACGAGGACGACGACGACGAGCCCGGCUUCUACAGCAAGACGAUGCUUGCGAGCCAGACGGACCAAGGCCCCAUCGGCUGGGGACAGCCGGGCAUGUCGUACUCGCCGAACCCGAUCUUCCAGCAGCCCAUGCGCCAGGGCCAUUAUGCCGUCAACACGCGCGUGGCCUCGCCCCAGAUGGGUGGUGGCUAUCCGGGAAUCUAUGGAGGCAUGGGAGGCAUGGGCAUGAUGGGGCCUGGAUACAUGUCGCCCAUGCCUGGUGCGGGGGCCAUGUACGCCAUGCAGCCCGGUAUGAUGGGCAUGCCGCCUCAAAGGCGUCGCUCGCGCGGCAACCUGAACGUUAACGUGCUGACGCCCCAGGGCGAAAUAUCGAUCUCCAGUAGCUCGUCCGCGGGGUCGUACCUUGGUUGAACCGUUUACUCCUUACGUCCUACAGGUGACAUUCGAGCGUGUGAGAGGAAAAGCCGCUUUCAAGGCACACGCUAUUCGGAACUGUGUACCGGAAGUAGCGUGAUCGUGCCGUGACAAAGACUCGCGCGUAGACCGCGUUCUACAUAGUCAGAAAAGCGUGUGACGUGCGGGUUAAACUCGGUUGGUUGGAUGGCGGUGUGAAAUUUAGUUCUCGUGCUGCGGGAACAGCGCUAAUGAAAUCUGAGACGGGAAACGUUUUCGUAUUGAGCCGACUUCCUUGGGGCUGACGAUGUGAUUGUUUCUUGUCUGAAUUGGGCUCUUCGGAAAAAUACGUGUAUGCGUGAUUCAAUUCUCGUUCCCGCGGUUGUUAUGGUCCGAAAUAAAAAUUUCAUGCUAAUGCAGAAUUUCAUUAACUUCGGCUAUCUGCAAACUGAGAGCUCAUUCAAAAUGGAACGGUUGUAGCACAGAAUCGUCUGGUACGAUCUCGUAAAGCCUGGCUUUGUGAAAUAUUAAAAAGUAAAGAGUCACUGUAGACGGAAAGUAAUAAAGAAA